AGAGGAGGGGGAAGAAGAAAGGCCAGGGAAGCAGGGUGGAGGGAGAGGUGGAGAGCUAGAGAAAAGAGUAAGGGAGGGCGGUCAGAUCCGAUAGAGGCAGAUAAAGACAGAGGGGCGGGAGAGAGGACGAAAAAGGGCGGAGGGGGGCGGGGCGCCCGACCCCCAACUACGCGGCUGCAGCAAGCUCUGCCGAGCUGCUAGGGAGCCUGGCCCGCCGACUGCUGAACGAGCUCCGCGGCCACCCCCGCCCCCCUACUUUCCAAUUCCACGGUCCCCGCAGCGCGCGCGAGAUGCAGCCGGUUCCGGACGCAGGCCUCUUCUUCUGAUGAAAAGAGAAAGGAAGAAUGGACUACCAUCACCAAACUUCCCUAGUCCCGUGUGGACAAGAUAAAUACAUUUCCAAGAAUGAACUUCUCCUGCAUUUGAAGACCUACAACUUGUACUACGAAGGCCAAAAUUUGCAGCUCCGACAUCGUGAGGAGGAAGAUGAGUUUAUUGUGGAGGGGCUGCUGAACAUCUCCUGGGGACUGCGCCGGCCCAUUCGUCUACAGAUGCAGGAUGACAAUGAACGCAUUCGCCCCCCUCCAUCCUCUUCCUCUUGGCACUCUGGCUGUAACUUGGGGGCUCAGGGUACCAUCCUGAAGCCCCUCACCGUGCCCAACAUUGCGAUCUCAGAGGUGGAUGUCCUGCCUGAGAGUGAUCAGACAUUGAGCCCCACAGACUCCAGGGGCCUGAAGUCCCUACAGGAAGAUACCCCACAGUUGAUGCGCACACGCAGUGAUGUUGGGGUACGUCGUCGUGGCAAUGUGAGGACACCCAGCGACCAGCGGCGAAUCAGACGCCACCGCUUCUCUAUCAACGGCCAUUUCUACAACCACAAGACAUCAGUGUUCACGCCAGCCUAUGGCUCCAUCACCAAUGUCCGCAUCAACAGCACCAUGACGACUCCACAGGUCCUGAAGUUGCUGCUCAACAAAUUUAAGAUUGAGAACUCGGCAGAGGAGUUUGCAUUGUAUGUGGUCCAUACCAGCGGUGAGAAACAGAAGCUGAAGAACACGGAUUAUCCUCUAAUUGCCCGGAUCCUCCAGGGCCCAUGUGAGCAGGUCUCCAAAGUGUUCCUGAUGGAGAAGGACCAGGUGGAGGAAGUUACCUAUGAUGUGGCUCAGUAUAUAAAGUUCGAGAUGCCUGUCCUUAAAAGCUUCAUUCAGAAGCUCCAAGAGGAAGAAGAUAGGGAAGUCAAGAAGCUGAUGCGCAAGUACACUGUGCUCCGCCUGAUGAUUCGGCAGAGGCUAGAGGAGAUAGCUGAGACCCCAGCAACAAUCUGAGCCACUAGAAGAAGGGGAUCCAGAUGCUGCAGAGGCCAUUGUUGCCCAGAGAAGACUCACAGGAAGCUGGAUGCCUUCCACGGAAACAUUUACAAGCAAAUCUUUCCAGCUUUCAAACCACAAUGGAGAAGCCAGCAACUCCCUGUCCUUUCUUUCCCUGCUCCUUUCCUUCACUCACGAGGACUUUCCAUUUUUAUUAUAAGGAGGACCCAAAAUGUGUGUGCGCACGUGUGUGCUCAGAUGGUACACAUCCACGUGCCUACAUGAUAAAUUCACAUGCAAUUCAGUUCCAAGCAACCUGCACUAGUGCUUGGGGCAGCACAUAUGCUGCUUGUGGGCAGGAAAAUCAGAGGAGUCACCGCCAAUCUGAGGGCUUUUAGACGGAAGAAAAGGUUUCUCCUCUCAAGUGCCAGGGAGCAACUAUACAUAUCUGCUCAACUUUAGAAGGAAAAGAAGGCCUAGCAAACUCACCAUCUGGGGCAUUUAUGUGUUAAUAGGAGCUUCCCUGGUAGCUCAGCUGGUAAAGAAUCCACCUGCAAUGCAGGAGACCCCGGUUCGAUUUCUGGGUUGGGAAGAUCUCCUGGCGAAGGGACAGGCUACCCACUCCAGUAUUCUUGGG